AUGCAUUUAUAAAUACCUCACAUAAACGGAUUAAAAUUUAUAAGGAUUAGACUCACAUUAGUAAUAAAUUCAUUUGUAAUUGGAAGUCAAAUAAAUAUUUUCAUAGACAAUCAACUAAAAUGUUAAGUUAGAGCCAUUUCAUCAAAUGUUUCAGUUAUUGAUGCCACAUUAAUAUGGUGUUAUUCUAACCCUUGUUACACAGUGAGAAUUGAAAAAAUCGUUUAAACUACCAGAAAUUCUCCAUUAUUAACUUUAUAAGGUAAAUUAUCUUAAAAUAGUAUUGAAUCAUGGGGAUUUAGUAAUAUAACAAUUGAUGCAGGCUUAUGUUAAGAAAAUUGUAAAAUUUGUUCUAAUUUUGAUGAUUGUCAAGAGUGUGAAACUGGAUAUAUAAUAUAUUAAAAGAAAUGUGUAUCUAAGUGUCCAGUUUAUUCAUCAAAUUGUAUCGACUAUGCUGAUUUGAUUCCUUGUAAUAUUUUAUUUUUAUUUAAUUUAGAUUCUAGAUAUUUAGCAAAAGGAUUUUAUGAUAUGAAUAUGACGUAUGAUUAGAUUCUUAUGUUCUUUGAUUCAGUUACUAAUCCAACAACUAAUUUUAAAACUGGUUAGAAAUUUUCAUUUUUCCCAUAAAAAUUUGUUCUAGGAGGUUUAAUGGUUUGGAAUGAUGCCACAUAUAUAAAAUCAUGGGUAAUUUCUAAACCUCAUUAUGCAGUAACAAUCAGAUUUAAUCUCACAUUUGGUGAUGAAUAUACAGGGAAUUUUUAUUAUAAAAUAAAUACAGAAUAAAGUGGUGCAUUUCAAAUACCAUCAUCUGGAGGUUAAAAUCUUAUUGGNGAAAACAAUUGUUAGUAAUGUUGUGAACACUCCCAAUAGUACAUAUUUAUAUUCUUACUUCAUAUUAUCAACUUAAUCUAUGACAUAAAUUAAUCUACGAAAUAUAUUUAUGUUUGCUGAAAUUUGUCAUCCUUCAUGUAUAGCUUGUAAUGGACCUAAUAAAAAUUAAUGUUUAUAUUGUUACUAAGGAAGCCUGAUAUCAGGUUAAUGUUUUUGUUCAGGAAGUACUUCUUUUAUUCAACCAGAUGUUGGAUGUGUUUUAGAAUGCUACAAUGAUUAUUAUAUUGCUAACGAUUAAAGAAUCUGUAUCAUUGAUAGAAGAAUCAUAUCAAAGUUUAAGUAUUUCUAAUUCACAACUCAACCAAAAUCAAUUCCUCCUCAUAUCUUAAUUCCUACUAUUUAUAAUUCUUAAUAUGUUUAAACCAUAAAAGUCACUAGUUAUGAAUAUUAUGGUGAUUUUAGAUUUAAUUAAGGUAUGCAUUUAUAAAUACCUCACAUAAACGGAUUAAAAUUUAUAAGGAUUAGACUCACAUUAGUAAUAAAUUCAUUUGUAAUUGGAAGUCAAAUAAAUAUUUUCAUAGACAAUCAACUAAAAUGUUAAGUUAGAGCCAUUUCAUCAAAUGUUUCAGUUAUUGAUGCCACAUUAAUAUGGUGUUAUUCUAACCCUUGUUACACAGUGAGAAUUGAAAAAAUCGUUUAAACUACCAGAAAUUCUCCAUUAUUAACUUUAUAAGGUAAAUUAUCUUAAAAUAGUAUUGAAUCAUGGGGAUUUAGUAAUAUAACAAUUGAUGCAGGCUUAUGUUAAGAAAAUUGUAAAAUUUGUUCUAAUUUUGAUGAUUGUCAAGAGUGUGAAACUGGAUAUAUAAUAUAUUAAAAGAAAUGUGUAUCUAAGUGUCCAGUUUAUUCAUCAAAUUGUAUCGACUAUGCUGAUUUGAUUCCUUGUAAUAUUUUAUUUUUAUUUAAUUUAGAUUCUAGAUAUUUAGCAAAAGGAUUUUAUGAUAUGAAUAUGACGUAUGAUUAGAUUCUUAUGUUCUUUGAUUCAGUUACUAAUCCAACAACUAAUUUUAAAACUGGUUAGAAAUUUUCAUUUUUCCCAUAAAAAUUUGUUCUAGGAGGUUUAAUGGUUUGGAAUGAUGCCACAUAUAUAAAAUCAUGGGUAAUUUCUAAACCUCAUUAUGCAGUAACAAUCAGAUUUAAUCUCACAUUUGGUGAUGAAUAUACAGGGAAUUUUUAUUAUAAAAUAAAUACAGAAUAAAGUGGUGCAUUUCAAAUACCAUCAUCUGGAGGUUAAAAUCUUAUUGGUAAUGAUAAAGAAGAGAGAAUUUAACAUUUUCAUAUUUAUAAAGAUCCAUUUAAGACAUCUCCAUUGAAUAUUGAAUUGUAAUGCACAUAAAGUAGUCUAGAUAUUCUUUAAGAGUUCUGUGCAAUAUCAGAGUAUUUCAUAGUUGUUCAUUAUGUAAUUAUUAAUUCUUUAUUUUAUUAGUGUCCUCCAUUUUGCUCUGAUUGUUCAAGUGAUUUAAUUUGUAAUGUUUGGGAAUCAGGUUACACAAAUUCUUAAUGUGCUUCAAAUAAAUUUUUAUCAUUUAAUCCUACAACAGAAACAUAUAGUUGCUAGACUUGUUCUUAAAUUGGAUGUCUUGCAUGUACAAGCUUAGAAGAGUGUGUUUCUUGUUAGAUGAAUGGAUUUUAAUUAUCUAAUGGAAUUUGUUCGUGCUAUCCAUCCCACUUUCUAUCUGGAACUUAGUGUUUUUAAUGUAAUAAAUAUUGUGAAAGUUGUGAUGGAAUUUAAAGUAAUAAUUGUUUAACCUGUAAUUCUGAUUUUUAUAGAAUAAUUUCAUUUAAUAUUUGUGUUUGUUAAAAAGGAUAUUAAGAGGAUGGAAUUAAUUUACCUUGUGUGCCAAUAUGUGGAGAUCAAUUAGUUGUUAAUGGAGAAGAUUGUGAUGAUGGCAAUAAUAAUCCUUUUGAUGGAUGUUAUAAUUGUUAAUACUAAUGUGAAGAAUAAUGCAUAAUUUGUGUUAAAGGAUAAUGUCUUAUUUGUUAAGAUGGAUAUACUAUUAUUUAAAAUAAAUGUGUUUUAAUCUGUGGGGAUUCUCAAAUUAUCUAUCCUGAAUAAUGUGAAGAUAAUAAUUUAACACCAUAUGAUGGAUAUUUUCAAUGCAAGUUUUCAUGUUCUUUAUAUUGUAUUGAAUGUUAUCUGGGAAGUUGCCUCAAAUGUGAUGAAAUCAAAGGCUGGUAUUUAUAAGAAGAUAACACAUGUUAAACAAUAUGUGGAGAUGGUAUAAUAGUCUAUCCAUUUGAGUAAUGUGAUGAUGGGAAUGAAGAUCCCUUUGAUACUUGUGAUCAUUGUCUUUUCUCAGAAUUAGAAUAACAAAAAAAUUGUUCUUUUUGUUUAAAAGGAAAUUGUAUGAGAUGUGAGGAUGGAUAUAAAUUAUAAAAAAGAACAAAUACUUGUAUAGUUGAUUAUAAAUGUGGUGAUAAUUAAAUCGUGUAACCAUAUGAGAGUUGCGAGGAUGAUAAUAAUAUGAAAUUUGAUGGUUGUUAUAAAUGUUAAUUAAGUUGUUAAUAAUCUUGUACAAAUUGUAUAAGUGAAGGUUGUUUAGAGUGUAAUGUAUUAGGAUGGGAAUAUAAUUCUAUAGAAAUGAAAUGUGAACCAGUAUGUGGAGAUGGUAUAAUACUUAUUGGAAUAGAAGAAUGUGAUGAUCUUAUUAGUUUUAAUUGUUAUAAUUGUAGAUUUCAAUGUUAAGAAUCUUGCAAUGUUUGCUUAAAAGGUAUCUGUCUUAACUGCAAAAAGGGAUGGUAAGUGAAUAAAUUUGAUAAAUUAUGUUAUCCUGUAUCCGGAGAUUUAUAGAUAGUAGGAAAUGAAUAAUGUGAUGAUUUUAAUAGGAAUCCUUAUGAUGGUUGUUAUUAAUCAUAAUAUUAAUGCUAAACUGUCUGUAUUAUCUGUGAACUUGGGAAAUGCUAAUAAUGUGAAAAUGGAUAUUUUAUCAUUAAAGACUAAUGUAAAUAAAUUUAAGGAGAUGGUAUAAUUGUUCAUCUAGAAUAAUGUGAAGAUCUUAAUUUAUUUGCAUAAGAUGGAUGCUUUUAAACUAGAUUUGAUUGUCCUUAGUAUUGUUCUACAUGUGUUAUGGGACAAUGUUUAGAUUGCAAUAAGAAAUCUGGAUAUGGUCAAAUUGAUAUUUAUAGAAAUGUUUGCAUAUCAAUAUGCGGAGACAACAUAUUAUCAUUAGAUGAAGAGUGCGAUGACGGGAAUGAUAUAGCUUAUGAUGGUUGUUUUAAUUGUUUAUUUUAAUGUUAAUUAUUUUGUGAAAAUUGUAUAAAUGGAAAGUGUUAAUAAUGUAAAGAAGGAUACUAUUUAAAUAAGAAAUAGAAUUAAUGUUUAAGUAUUUGUGGAGAUGGAAUUGUUGCUCAUGAUGAAUAAUGUGAUGAUGGUAAUACUAUUAUAGAUGAUGGCUGUUCUGAUUGUAGAUUUUAGUGUCAUAAAAAAUGUAUAGCUUGUGUAGAAGGUGUUUGUUAAGAUUGUAGGGGAGUAGGAUGGGAAAUUAAUAUGGUAACCAGAUAUUGCUAAACUAUUUGUGGAGAUGGUUAUUAAAUUGAAAAUGAAUAAUGUGAUGAUGGUAAUGAUAAGAGUGAAGAUGGUUGUUAUGAUUGCUAUUUUGAAUGCUAAAAAUCAUGCACACAAUGUUUAAGAGGUUUUUGCAUUUAAUGUGGAACAUUAGGUUGGGACUUAGAUUAUGAUGAAUGUAUACCUCAUUGUGGAGAUAAACUUGUAGUUGGAAAUGAAGAAUGUGAUGACGGUAAUUAAGUACCAUUUGAUGGUUGUUAUCAAUGCAAAUAUUAAUGUUAAGAAUAAUGCACAGAUUGUCAAAAAGGAGUAUGCUAUAAAUGUGAAAUUGAAGGUUGGAGUAUAGCAAAUAAUCUCUGUUAUCCUGUUUGUGGAGAUAGUUAUAUAGUAAUUGGAUAUGAAUAAUGUGAUGACGGAAAUGAUGUAUAAUAUGAUGGUUGUUAUCAAUGCACUUAUUAGUGUGAAUAAAAAUGUACAUUGUGUGAAAAAGGUAUUUGCUUUGAAUGUAAUCAUUUGGGAUGGAUCAUAGAAAAUAAUAAAUGUGUACCUAUGUGUGGAGAUGGUAUUAUUUUAGGUGAUGAAGAAUGUGAUGAUAUGAAUAAUUAUUAUAAUGAUGGUUGCUUUUAAUGUAAGAAUGUAUGUGAUUAAUAUUGUAUUGAUUGUUAAAAUGGGAUCUGCUAUUUAUGUGAAACUGGAAGGUUUUUAUAAAUGAAUGUUUGUCGGGCUAUCUGUGGAGAUGGUUACUAUGUUGUUUCUGAAGAACUUUGCGACGAUGGAAAUGAUAAUAAUGGUGAUGGUUGUAAUGAUAAAUGUUUAGUGGAAUCCGAUUUCUAUUGUUUUAACACAGAAGAAACUUAUUCAUAAUGUUUUUAUUCUAAAAAACCAAUAGUUAAAAUCAACAUAUUAACUAAAAUUCCUGAAGAUUUUUAAGACAUUGAAAUUACUUUUGAUUAGAAAGUUAAGUAUUCAAAAAAUAUGAAGGGCGAUUUCUUAAAUUAUUUUUCAUCUACUAUCAAAAAUCUCAAAUCAAGUGAAUUUUCAAUUACAAAAUCUUAUUAUAAAUCCCUUGAUGGAGAUGGAGAUAUUAAAUUAAAUUUUAGAAUCUAUUUUAAUGUUCCAAUAACUGAUCCUUAAUUUUAGGUAACAUUUAUUGAUGACCCAAUCAUUUCAUUAUAUGAUUUACCAUUAAAAGAAAGUUCUAUAACUUUUAAAUUAAUUACUCCUUUGGUUCUUUCCUCUACUUAAAAAACUUUAGCUGAAGGAGCUAGCUAAUUUAAUGAAGUCGUUAUUUAUUCAUUGGGUAGUUUAUCUAUUUUAUGCCUUGCAACAGGUUCAUAAGAAAUUUUUUGGAAUCUCAUAGAUCAAUUAUAGUAUUUAUCUUAUAUUAAUUAUAUAAAUAUCCAAUUUCCAAGCAACCUAAAUAUUUACUUUGAAGUUUUUUAAUUAAUUUCGAUUCAACCUUUAUUAGAUUUACUGAAAUUUAAUAAACUUUUUGAAAUUUUUAAUUACUAUCAUGAAGAGGAAAUUUAGCAAGAUAAUAAAUUUUCUAAAACGGGUAUUAAUCCUUUUUUUUUAAUCAAUUUUACUAGCACUUUAUUUUGUUUUUGCAUUGGAUUCAUUGCACAUUAAAUUACAAGAUAAUUAUGCAGAUUUUUAUAUCUUUUCGGCCCAUUUAUUAUUUCUAAGACAAAUUUUAAAAUUGGAAUAUAAAUUAAAAAGUUAAGAGAUAGUUUGAAAAAAAAUACCAAUUAAUUUUAUUAUAAUGGAAUCUUAAGGAUAUUUAUGUCAAAUUCAUAUGACUUUUUUUUUGCAGCAGCAAUUCAAUUAGUAAACUUUUCUUCAUCAAAUACAAUUGGAACGGUUAGUUCAUAUCUUUCCCUUUUAGCAUUUGUGUCAUGUUUCAGUAUUUCAUUCUAUCUCAUCUACUUGAUUCAUGGUCUUGGAAAGAUUUCUUAAUCUAGUAACAAAAUAAAAUAUGAUGUUCUUUUUGAAGGAAUUAAACAAAAAAAAUCCUCAUAUUGGAUUUUAUAAUAUAAUUCAAUUUUAUUAAUAAAGAAAUAGAUUUUCAUAUGUAUUAUCGUAUUUAUGUAAAAUGAAGGUUAACUCUAAACUAUAUGUGUAGCAAUAAAUUAAACUCUAUUUCUAUGUUAUCUAAUUACGAAUAAACCCUUUUUAAAUAAUUUUGAAUAUUAUAAAAUGGUUUGUACUGAAUCAAUUCUAAUAUUUAAUGUUUUAACCUUUUUAAUAUAUUCUAAUAGAGUUCCAAUGGAUUUAACAUUACAAUAAUGCAUUAAUUUAGGAUGGAUUAAUAUCUUUUCAUCAACUCUUACUUUGGCUAUAACUCUCUUUCUUGAUGGAUUUCAAUAAAUAAAAUUGAUUUAUAAUAGUUCAAAAAUGAGAUGUUUUGAACCUCAUAUAAAAAAAUAAUAAAGUUCUUUAAUAUUGUUUUGGUGA